CAACUGCUCACCACUGCCGUGGAUUAUACCAGGCAGACACCGGCCGCUUCACCUACAUCUCCACGGAGUCAUGCGGAAAUAUCAUUCCAAUCCUCGGAUUUGAGUCCGUUUCUUGCAUCAAACUGUCAUUUCAGGGUUUACCGGGGGGAAGCCCAGCACAGAAGCCCAUCAGUAAGUACAAAGCAGCGCGCGUUUGACAGCAUUCACCGUAUGCCCAACUAUCGGGUUCGGAACGGCGUACUGACUCGCUUGGGGGAUAGUGAAAUCUGA